GUGGAGACUCGCGCCCACCUUUCUCAGGUGGUAGGCGCCCGUGUCGGGUCGUCCCUGAGGCCAAGGCCCUGCGGGAUUUAAAGGAAGCGCUUUGGGAAAGGACCCUCAGAAGACGAGGGAAAUGCAGACCUGGACUCCUGGAGGGGAGUCCAGAGUGUCCGCGCCGGCCAGAGGCGCCGUCACCCGUUUUCACUUAUCCGCCUUUACUUCGCGUCUACGCGCGUCAGGCGCGAGUCGGGUUUCGUCGUGGCCGCGGCGCAGUGCGCGGGACGGCCAACCGGACACAGCCACGGCACGUGGGGUCGGCGCCGUGCCUGGGGCGGGGGCGGCCCCCCCCCCAGGGGCCCGCCGAGGUCAAGGCUUGCAGUGGGGUGGGACAAGCGACCACUGCAGUGCCUUGUGCUGUGGUCCUUUGAGGAGCAAUGACGGAGUAUAAGCUCGUGGUGGUGGGCGCUGGAGGCGUGGGGAAGAGCGCCCUGACCAUCCAGCUCAUCCAGAACCACUUUGUGGAUGAGUACGACCCCACCAUAGAGGACUCCUACCGGAAGCAAGUGGUCAUCGAUGGGGAGACGUGCCUGUUGGACAUCCUGGACACGGCGGGCCAGGAGGAGUACAGCGCCAUGCGGGACCAGUACAUGCGCACCGGGGAGGGCUUCCUUUGUGUGUUUGCCAUCAACAACGCCAAGUCCUUCGAGGACAUCCACCAGUACAGGGAGCAGAUCAAACGGGUGAAGGACUCGGACGACGUGCCCAUGGUGCUGGUGGGGAACAAGUGUGACCUGGCCGCGCGCACCGUGGAGUCUCGGCAGGCCCAGGACCUCGCCCGCAGCUACGGCAUCCCCUACAUCGAGACGUCGGCCAAGACGCGCCAGGGCGUGGAGGAUGCCUUCUACACGCUGGUGCGCGAGAUCCGGCAGCACAAGGCGCGCAAGCUGAGCCCGCCUGACGAGGGUGGCCCGGGCUGCCUGAGCUGCAGGUGCCUGCUCUCCUGACAGCGGCGUGGGUGCGGGCUGUGGAGGUGCCGGAUGAGACGCGGGCUGAGGAUGCAGGGAAGGAAGGAGGUGCUGCCAGAGCCUGGCCAGCCCAGGUCGGUGGACAGAGUGACCGCGGGCCUCCCGGGACGCUUUGCACAGACUGUCGUGAACUGACGCCGGCGGCCCCCAGUUGUCACUCUCCUCCAGCCCCGUCCUGGCCCACUGGGCACAGGCUGAGUCGCAGUAAAUUAUUUCAUGUCUUGA